GAACGGCAGGCGUGGUUAUGGGGUCUGAGACGGUGCGGUGGAUAUGGAAGUCGGUGAAAUGCGGUGGCUAUGGAGGUACUGGAGCAAAAAAAGUCUACGGAGGUGUUUUCUUUUUCUUUUUGGCGCCAGAUUUUUAGCGUGAAGAAGAAGAUGGACCUAAUUUUAUAAUUUGGGAUUUUUUUUUUUUUUAAAAAACGACACCGUCUGCCUGUCUCUGAAGUUUUAGGUUUUACAAAGCAAAACGGCGCCGUUCGUACAAAGAAUUUUUCCCAACUUAUAUUUUUGGGUGUCUUUUCCUAAUAGAAGUCGGAAAGGAAAAGAAAGAAUUCCUUUUCAGAAAAGGAAAACCACUAGGUGAGAGCCGCCUAUAAAUAUACAAAGACGAGAAGAAAAAACAGAGACAAAAGCACACACGCAAAAGUCAAUUUUCCUGUUUCCUAAGGAAUUGCUGUCUUGUUCGGUCGUCGGUGGUUUUUUAAAGAGAACGAGAUAAAGAUAGAGACGGUGGCUUUGUCAUUGAAAUUCGUACUCCGAUUUUGUUUCAGGUCAGGGUAAUCGAUCUUACUGGUAGUAUGGAGGAGGUAAAAAGGGAUGCGAUAAAGAACGGUAGACGGUUGAUGAAGAGUUUGACGGAGAGGAAUCCUAAGCAGCCACUUUGUUGGAUUGCAUCUGCGAGGUUGGAGGAGGACGCUGGGGAAAUGGAGGCAGCGAGGCAAUUGAUUCAGAAAGGAUGUGAGGAGUGCCCAAAUAGUGUGGAUGUGUGGUUGGAGGCGUGUAGGAUUGCGAAUGCGAGGAGCAGCCCCAAUUCCAAUGAAGCAGGUAAGGCUGUGAUUGCCCGUGGAUUGAAUUUGAUACCCAAUUCGGUGAAGUUGUGGAUGCAGGCUGCAAAUUUGGAGCAUGAUGACUCGAAUAAGAGCAGGGUUUUGAGUAGAGGAUUGCAACACAUUCCUGAUUCCGUUCUGCUGCGGAAGGCGGUGGUUGAGCUCGCCACUGCCGAGAAAUCGAAUGAGGAGGAGGAGGAGGAGGAGGAGAAUGCAAAUGCAAAGCAGAGCAUGAACUUGUCUUGGGAACCUGAGAGAGCUAGAAUGAUUCUUGCCGAAGCCCGAGAAAGGGGGGGAGGCACAGAGAGAGUAUGGAUGAAAUCAGCAAUUGUUGAGAGAGGAUUAGGGAAUGUUGAAGAGGAGAGGAAAUUGCUUGAUGAAGGGUUGAAGAAAUUUCCUUCGUUCUUUAAAUUGUGGUUGAUGCUUGGACAGCUAGAGGAACGGCUUGAUCGUUUGGAAAAAGCCAAGGAGGCUUAUGACUUGGGGCUGAAGCACUGCCCCAAUUCUAUACCGCUCUGGCUUUCUCUUGUUAACCUUGAAGAGAAUUUGAAUGGGGUGACUAGUGCUCGUGCAGUCCUCACACUAGCCAGGAACAAAAAUCCUCACAACCCUCAACUGUGGCUUGCUGCAACUCGAACUGAAUUGAGGCAUGGUAAUAACAAGGAAGCUGAUAUUUUGAUGGUGAGGGCUUUGCAUGAGUGUCCCAAUAGUGGUAUCUUGUGGGCAGCAUAUAUCGAGAGUAUGGUACCCCUCCCCCCUUCUCAAUGGAUGGCCAAGAUUAUGGAUGCCCUUAGGAAAUGUGAUUACGAUCCCCACGUCAUUGCUGCUGUGGCCAAGUUAUUCUGGCAUCACAGUGAGGUUAAGAGAGCUAGGACUUGGCUCGACAGGGCCGUCACAAUUGCCCCAGAUAUUGGGGAUUUCUGGGCUUUGUACUUCAAAUUUGAACUUCAGCAUGGGACUGAUGAGAACCAGAAGGAUGUUUUGCGAAGAUGCAUUGCUUCACAACCAAAGUAUGGUGAAAAAUGGCAACCUAUUUCCAAGGCCCUGCACAACUCUCACCAACCAACUGAAGCUAUCUUGCAUCAAGUGGUGGCUGUACUCGGCAAGGAAGAGAGCUCGCAGCAGGCAAGGCAGGCGCCCCAAACUGAUAGACUCUAGUCGUCCGUUCUCCUGGCUUCUCCUGUUUCCAGCUAUAAGCAACUGAGUUAUUUACGUGUACCUAGGAUGGAGAAAGCUGCCCCACCUCAAUAAUGUUACUUUUUCCUGAGAAUGACUUUGGCGGGAUAUAGGAGCUGAUGCAGUUUAUUAUGUCAAACCAAUACACUCCCAUGGAACAUUAUCCUUUCCCAAUACCAAAUGGGGCAGGGUGCUGUGAGAUUCCAGCACAUUCUUUUUGGCAGGGGGGCUUGGAGUUGUUGACUUCGGAUAGUGCUGCUAACAAAAACUAUGAAGCUAAGGUCAACCAAGAGAGUUUGUGGAAGAGAUGGCCUAGUAUGAGAAGCAACAUCCUUUUCAUUUUAAUUUUGGUUUAGAGGGCUCAAUGAUGUAUUGAAGAAAAGGAUUUACGUCUGCUCCUUCUGCGUUUCUUUCUUUCAUGCAGCAUUGAAUCUCAAUUCUAGUUUUCUUAUUGCGAGGUCAAGGGUUAGGCUCAGUAUAUGACCAAAUGCACUUGCUCCCUCCUUGUUUCUUCCUUGAAGCAGUCACUUAGAAGAACAUAUGGUCUACUAUUAAAUGCUUAAUUUCUUUUUUUUUC